UUGGGCAGUGGCUAAGUUCGCUGCAGCCGUAUGAGAGAGAACGAUCCAUGUCUGCAGCCUGUGAGGUCCUCUAUUGCUACCACGAAAACAAGGAAUUUGGAGUUGGGAAUUCCACGACGUUCACUAACUUAGGACGUCACGUCGGAGUGCUUGUACCGAGGGUCAGUGAUCCGUUGGUCAGUGUCCGACAACUGGCCAUCGGUGCCAUCCAGAGCCUGCUGCAGAUUCAAUUGCUCUAUCAGGGUACUCCUAGGGAUGAUGAAGAUGCAAUGAUCAGCGCACUGUCAGUUCUGAAGGAGAGGGUGGCCCGUGAUGAUCCAAACGCAUUGUUUAGUGUAGUCAGUGACCUAUCUAAGGUAAGCUUUCAACUUAUCAACAUCAUCAAAACAUUUAUAAACCUAUAUUUGAUUUUUGAGAUCAUUUGAUUUAACAUUAUAAUUACUU